GUCCCCAGAGAAGGAAGACAUGGCUGCGUGGCCGCCGCGCGAGCUGCUGAGUGGCCGUGCCGGCCAGCCACCUUUCGCAAGCAGUAACAUGCUUUGCAGCAAGUCUGCAUGCAGCUGGGGGCUGCAUAGGGCCGUGCGCAGACAGCCUUGUUGCGGCGCUUCACCGGGUGCUUCCGCCCCCAGCCCGGCGCCCGAGCCUCCUGAGGAGCUGCCAGCGCUGCAGCGGCCGCCCCUACGGCGCCCUCUGGCCUCAUCGACAGCCCCAACAAUGCAACCCACACCACCCAACCCUGCGCAGCCGGUGCCGCAGCUGCAGCGCCCGCAACUGCCGCGGCCUGCCCCAUCGCCUGCCUCCGCCACGCCGGGCUCAGCUGCGUCUAGCGCAGCUGGCGGCGCCGCGGCCGCCGCAGCCGGGGCGCCCCCACCCUACUCGUUGAAGCCCAGCAGCCGGUCCCUGCUAGCCAGGCGCAUGGUGGAAAGGCGGCGGCAGCAACAGCUGGAGCAGGAGGAGCAGCAGCGGGACGCGGCGCGGGGGCAGCGGGAGCCGCUGACGUCCGGGGCGCCCGCUAUUGCAGGGCUGUCACAGCGGGCGGGAGCGGAGGAGGCGGAGGUGGAGGUGGAGGGGGUGGCGUCAGCUACGGAUGCGGAGGAGCCGGAGGACGUGGAGCCCUUCUUCCGGUUCUGGCACGACGAAAAGCGCUUCAAGGGCACCGGCGAUGACAGCCUCAUGCAGCAGGCGCUGCUGGCUGCUGGCGGGCGGCGCACGGGCGGCCACCUCAAGCACGACCCCACCCCGGGGCCGCUGGGCUGGCAGCGGCUGGCGGCGUGGGACGUGCUGUGGAGCCCCUCCAGCACAGCCGUGCGGGCGGCGGCUCAGGGUCUGCGGCGGCGGCAGCUGGUGUGUGCAGUGCCGGGCAGCCGCAGCCUCACACUCAAGAGCCGCCUCCCGGCCACACUGCAGCGCGCAUACGGAACCGGGGCCGGGGCCGGUCCUGGGGCGUCAGCAGCAAGUGGCAGCGGCAGCGGCGGCGGUGCUUGCGAUGGAGGCGCGGCGGACAUCACUCCGCUGACGUUCCAGCUGCCCUCGCAGCUGGCGGAGUGGCGGCAGUGGAUGGAGCAGCACCCGGACGAGGAGGAGGGGGCGGAGGAGGGGGCGGAGCGGACCCAGCCGCGGCGGCGGCGACAGCGGCUGUGGAUGCUCAAGACGGCACAGCACCUGGGCCGCGGUCUGCAGCUGGUGCCGCAGCGGGAGGCCUACCUGGCGGUGCUGCGGCGGCAGGCGGCGGUGCUGGCCUUCAGGGCGGCGGCGGCAAAGCAGCCGGGUGGCGGAGGCGGGGCGGGGAAGGCGGCGGCGGCGGCGAGGCGGCGGCGGCCUGGGCCGCACGAGCCGCGGCCGUUCACGGUGGCCCAGCAGUACGUGUCCGACCCGCUGCUGCUGACGCCCCGCGCUGCGGCCGGCGAUGGGACGACUGCCGCCGCUACUGCCGCGAGUGCUGCCACUGCUGCUGCUGCUGCUGCAUCUGCUGCUGCCGGCGGGCGCAAGUUCGGUGUGCGGCUGUGGCUGGUGCUGGUGGGCGGCAGCGGCGCCGCCAGCGACCCGCUGCGGGCGUACCUGCACAAGAACGGCCUGGUGCUGUUCGCCACAGAGCCCUACGACCCAAAGGCAGCACUGGAGUCCAACAGCAGUAGCAGUACCAGUAGCAUCACUGGCAGUAGCACGGGCGCAUCUGCAUCACGCACAGCUACUGCCGACCUAUCGGACCCGCUGGCGGGCGCCCGGGACGCCGUGGCGGCGGCUUACCUGGAGGCGCGCGCAGCCGCGGCAGCAGCAGCAGCCGCAGAGCCUUCUACUGCUACUGCCACUGCUACUGGUACUGCUACUGCUGGGGCGGUGCGGCGCGGUGGCGGCGUCAUGUCGCCUCUUCUGGAGUCCAGCGGCGCCGAGGAGGAAGACGAGGAUGAGGCCAGCGCCGCAGGGGCAGCAGGGGCUGCAGGGGCUGGGGGGGCUGGUGGCGGCUCCUGGUCUGCCGGCCCCGCCCGGGGCUCAGUGACCAACUAUGCGCAGAAUGUGGACGGCGAGGUGUGGAGCCUGGGGCAGCUGGCUCGGGAGCUGGGGCCGGAGCGGUUCAGGCUGCUGUACCGCCGCCUGCUGCGCAGCGCCGCCCUCACCGCCGCCGCCGCGCUGCCCGACAUACGGCAGGAGGCCGCGCGCCUGCAGCUGCCGCCGCUGCAGGCCGAGCAGCAGGCCCAGCAGCGCAGCCACACACACGCACACGCGCACCUGCGCUUCCGCCGGGCCGCCUCCGCGCCGCCUGCCGCUACAGCCGCCGACCUGGCUGCUGCAGCCGCCGGCCCCUCCGCUGCCGCUGCUCUCCCUGCUGCUGCUACUGCCAGCGGUGUGGGUGUGGGUGUUGGCGGCGGCUGCUGCUUCGAGGUGCUGGGGCUGGACUACCUGGUGGACGGGCGGCUGCGGCCGUGGCUGCUGGAGGUCAAUGCCACGCCCUCGCUGGGGGUGGCGCACGCGGACAAGCAGGUUGAGGACAUGAUACGGCGCCAGAAGAGCGGCAUGGUGCGAGACCUGGUGGCGCUGCUGAGGCUGAGGGAGCGGUACGGCGGUGGCGGCGGAGGAGGAGGAGGAGGAGGAGGACGAGGAGGAGGAGGAGGAGGAGGAGAGGCGGCGGCAUGGCGCAGCGGGCAGCAGCCCCAGCAGCCGCAGCAGCCCCAACAGCCCCAGCAGCCGCAGCAGCCGCAGCAGCAGCCGAGUGCGGAGGCGCUGCGGGAGCUGUGGCAGGCGCAGUACCCGCAGGUGUUUUACGAGCCUCGGCUGCUGUCUGCCCUGGAGGCCACAGAGGCCGAGCUGCGGUCCCGCGGCGGCUUCAUGCCGCUCAUGGCGCUGUUCCCGCCGCCAGCAACACCACCAGCACCACCAGCACCACCGCCAGCACCACCAGCAGCACCAGCAGCACGGACACGGACACCGCCACAGUCACAGUCGCCAGUGGAGGCCACACCAGCGCCGCACGCGGGCACCACUCCCGCACCCGCCCCUGCCAGCUCCUCCUACCUGCUGGACGCCGCCCGCCUGCCGCCCGCCUCGCCCGACCUGGCCUGGACGCCGGCGGACCUGUUGGUGCGGGCCUGGUGCCGCGACCGGGAGGCGCUGCUGCAGCGGCUGCGGCGGCUGCGGCGGCCUGCUGGCGCGCGGGAGGCGGAGGGAGGAGCGACUGCCGGUGGGGUCAGUGGGGUCAGUGGGGUCAGUGGGGUCGGGGCGAGCGGGCGUGGAGGUGCCAGCGCCAGGGCAGCGCCGGCGGCGGGGCGAGGCGCAGGGACGGAGCCGCAGUAGGCGCCACACGGAGACCGUGUGACUUGGUGAGUGUGUGGCCAUGUGCAUGGGGCGUGCCGGCAGGCUGUGCCCUAGGGCGGACGCGUGCGUGCGUUUGCAGGUGUGUCCGUGUGUGGGGGUGUCUGACCCGCGGGUCAAAGUAGCUUACUGGAACUGUGUUGCCACAACCCUAGUCGUGCGGUCUCCAGGUGACUGACUUGACUGUGACGAUGUGGCUGGACACAAAGCGGUUCAGAACGGGCCGGCGCGCGCGUGUGACUGAGGGAAUGGGAGGGGUAUGACCUGGGGUUUGCAAGGGAGGGGCUUGAGACCGACUCGAUCACACGGUGAUCUAAUCCGCGGCGCCGGUCUCCUCCACUGCCGCUUGGCGUAACGCCGGCUGACGAGGCCUAGUAACUACUUGAAACCCGCAAACGACAACGUUCCGCUAAAGUUCAUA